GCUCCUGUCAGAAUCAUGUCUUCGCUUGCUACUAUCCCCCCACCUCCAGCUCUUCUACGGCCAUUAAAUGUCCCUCCACGUCUCAUGCUUGGCCCAGGACCCUCCAAUGUACCUCCUCGGAUUCAAGCAGCAGGGGGCUUACAUCUUAUUGGUCACAUGCACCCUGAAAUGUUUCAGAUAAUGGAUGAUAUCAAGCAAGGGAUACAAUAUUCUUUCCAGACACAAAAUAACCUGACAUUUGCUGUGAGUGGAUCUGGUCACUGUGCAAUGGAGACUGCAAUUUUUAACGUGGUGGAAAAAGGAGACGUGGUCCUUGUCGCUGUAAAAGGAAUUUGGGGGGAGAGAGCUGGGGAUAUUGCAGAGCGAAUAGGUGCUGAUGUGCGAUACGUGUCAAAACCAGUAGGAGAAGGCUUUACACUUAAAGAUGUAGAAAAGGCUUUAGCUGAGCACAAGCCAUCCCUUUUCUUCAUUACCCAUGGAGAGUCGUCCAGUGGAGUGGUUCAGCCCUUAGAUGGCCUGGGGGAUCUCUGUCACCGGUAUAACUGUCUACUGCUUGUGGACUCAGUAGCCUCUCUAGGUGGCGCUCCAAUCUACAUGGACAAACAAGGAAUUGACAUUUUGUAUUCUGGAUCUCAGAAGGUUCUGAAUGCACCUCCAGGAACUGCCCCCAUUUCUUUCAGUGAAGCUGCAAGUAAGAAGAUGUUCGGGCGUAAAACAAAACCUCCAUCUCUGUAUGUGGAUAUAAAAUGGCUUGCAAACUAUUGGGGAUGUGAUGGCAAACCAAGAAUCUACCACCACACCGGACCAGUCACUAAUUUCUUCACAUUGAGAGAAGGAUUGGCAGUUCUAGCUGAGCUGGGAUUGGAACGCUCCUGGGCUGUGCACCAAGAGAAUGCUCUGAAGCUGCAUAAAGGAGUGGAAGCUCUAGGACUAAAGCUCUUUGUAAAGGACCCAGCACUGCGCCUCCCCACGGUCACAACAAUUAGUGUUCCCAAUGGGUAUGAAUGGAAAGACAUAACUACAUUUAUCAUGAAGAAUCACGCCAUUGAAAUCACAGGUGGCCUGGGACCAUCUGCUGGAAAGGUUCUGCGUAUUGGCCUCAUGGGCUAUAACUCAACACAGGUGAAUGUAGAUCGUGUUCUAGAAGCUCUGCGUGAUGCUCUGCAGCACUGCCGCAAAAAUAAAAUAUAAGGAAACAUGGACUGCUAUUAAUUUGGAUUGUUUGAAUUCUAUUAACCGCAUGGGACUUUAUAUUGACUAAGCAGUUGGGAAAGGGUUAAAGAAAAAAAUGAUUUGUAUGGUAUUUAAAUGGUUUUUGUUCUCUAAUGUGUGUUUCACCUGAGGAAGGGGGUGGUCCCGAAAGCUUGUGCUUCAAAUUUCUGCAAAUAAAAUAAGAUAAAGGCUUUGCCAGAAAGUUUGUUGUGCUUCUUCUCUACACAGUCGGGAAAGCAGUAGUGCCACAAAUGUGCUGGGGGUGGAGGACUGUUGGGACUCACCAACCAAAAGAUCUUUUCCCAGGAUCCACCAUUAUUUAGUUUACAGUUUCCCCGUGUUAUAGAUAUUUAUGGUCCCAGGACCCAUUAUGGACAGUACA